AUGCCGAGGUCAGUCCCUGCUCCCGACACAUUUCCUCCGGCGGGACUGGGGGUGGGUCUCGGGGACGGCGCUCGGGUGGGACGGUGCGAGCGACCAGGGCCAGCCUGAGCCGGGACCGAGCGUUGCCACAGCUGUCGGGGCAGCCCACGCCGCUCGACCGGCGGCGCCACCGGGAUGAAGCCACCGGGAUGGUGCUUGCUCCUCGCCGUAGCGUGCGCCCAGGGCUGGCUCUCCGCGCAGCAAGCCGCCCUGCGCUGCCAGUCCGCCGGCGCCUGCUUCAGCGCCCACCUCGUCAACAAGUCCUAUGCUGAGGCCCGCAAAGCCUGCGACCGCCAGCGGGGCAGCCUGGCCUGGGUCAAUAGCGAGCCUGAGCUGCGGCUUCUGCUGGGGCUCCUGGCGGAGGCGGCGGCGCGGCCAGCGCCCUCGCUCAUCUGGGUCGGGCUGAAGAGGAACGCCUCUGUCUGCACCGACGCGGAGCACCCGCUCCGUGGCUUCUCGUGGGAGGGCGCCGGCGGCUCGGCGGCUCCGCAGGAGGUGCCACCGGCGCUUGGCCGAUGGGCGAAGGAGCCCAUGCGCUCCUGCAGCACUGCCCGCUGCGCCGCGCUGCACCUGGCUUCGACGGCGGCACCCGACGGCGGCCCAAACUGGGGCUGGAAGGAGCGACCCUGCCAGCGGGACAGCCAAGGCUACGUCUGCAAGUACCAGUACGAGGGCGCCUGCCCCGACAUCAGUCUCGCAGGUGCCCUCGGCCUCGAUUACCGCCUCCCCUUCGAGGAGCACAGCGCCAGCCCCGGCUUCAGCCCGCCGGGCACCGUGCUCACCGUAGCGUGCCCCGGAGGGGAGGUGCGGCUCAGCUGCCAGCCUGACUUGGGCAGCUUCGCCUGGAAGGAGGUGGAGGAGCCCUUCUGCCCCUGCACCUUCGGCAAUCGAAGUCCCGGCAGCGGGCGGUGCGCCGACGCGGCUGGGUGCCGCGAUGCUGCCGGCGGCUUCGCCUGUGCCUGUACCCGGGGCGGCAUGUACGGGACGCCCUGCGCGGCCACGGAGGAGGCUCCCACGGCGGAUGGCGGCCCCGCGGAGCCGCCAGGUGCCGAGGUAGAGGGACGGCGCCCUUCCACCGCGACACCCAGCCGUUCUGCGGGGCCGCCCACUACAGCCGCCGCUGGCGCGGAAAAGACGACGCCUCCGCCGCCCUUUUCCUCGUCUAACUAUGUUUUCAUUCUGGUGACGGUGGCGGUAGUGGUGCUGGUCAUCCUGGUCAUGACUGUGCUGGGGGUCUUCAAGAUCUGCUUCAACAAGAAAUCCGAGGGCCGCGGGGACAAGGAGGCGCCGGAGGCCGGCAGCAAGGCGGAUGCCAGCUCCACGGAGCCGAACGGAGGAGCUGCGGGUGGCAACUAGCCUCUGGGCGGCGGAGGACCCGUCCCUCAGGUCUGCCCCGAGUGGCAGUUCCAACGCCGAGGCAGCGCUCGGCUUCCCACUUCUCUUUCCCCCAGCCCGGCUGCCGCAGGGAGCCGGAGAAGAGGCGCUAUAGGAGAUGGCUGAGCAGAACUUGCAGAUUGUCAGACGGCGGUGUACGCAGCGACCCCUUUUUCAAGGAUUCGAAACCUAUGGACAGCCAAACGUUUUUGCCGGUCUGAAAAACGUUUGUUCAGAUGCUGACAUAACUAAAACAUGAAUAUAGUGGCCUGGCUGGCAGUACGAUUGCUUAUCUGCAGCUGCAACAGUUGUGGGGUUUUGUUU